AUGUGUAUUUCCCGAAUUGGACAAAUAAUUUAUGGAGGGUUAACUGGUAUUACUAUUGCGCUUAUUUGUGCAUCAAUGUUCACUCCAGGUUGGCGCCGUUUAACUCUCCAUGUUAACGACUCCUUUAAUUCUCUCAAAGAAGGCAAUCCCUCUGCUAUGCAAAAUAUAACAAAUAUGAAUUUUGGAAUUUUUCUUUGUCAAAUACCCAAUCCCCAACAACAAUCAUCUUCCCCAAAUUCUUUGCCUUUAUCUGACAAUAAUUCACCAAAAGAAGAAAAUGAGGAUUCUUGGAAAAAAUCUUUAAAUUAUUGUGAGCAGUGGUUUAAGUUACGUUCUGAUUGGGAAAAAGUUGUAAUUAUUGCGAUGAUUUUGGCUUUUUUACUUUCAUUAAUAGCUUUUAUUUUGAAUUUCUUUUCUUUCUGUUCUUGUGCUUGUCGACUUUCUAUUUUAAUGAGACCACUUCCUUUACUUGCUGGAUUGACUUUUAUUUGUUUGGUUGUUGGGCUUGGAUUGUUUUGGAUUAAAAAUCAAGAUUAUAUUGCUCAAAUAAAAAUAAAAGUUAAUGACUUGGAUAUUGACUCUUUAAAAUCUUCAGCUGUUGAUGUAAUUAAAUUUGUUAAUAAUUUGGAUGAGAAAACAACAAAAGGAGGAAAUAAAGACAAUCAAGGAAAUGUUGAUAAUAAAGUUUCUUAUUCAUUUUAUUUGGGUUGUGGGGCUGCUGUUGCAGCGUUUGCAAAUAUUGUUGUUGGGUCUUUAAUUGUUUGUUUUGCUUGA